AUGAUCAAGUCAAUUCGUGUCCAGCGUGCCACAGUUGGCACAGGUAUCCUUGAGCCUGUCCAAUGUUCCAAGAAUCUGCAAAUAGCAGUUAAUAACUCCGACCAUAUCACCAUACUCGAGCCAAAACUUCCAUUACUUCAUCAGUGUGUCUCCUGCAAAUCAUCCAAGGGCCAGAUGAUCAAUACACUUGACGCCAGUGCCUUGUAUGAUGUUCGUACCAUCUUUCAUGUUGACAAUCUUGAGUCUUUAGGAUUGCAAAUAUUCUCUCGUAUUCUUAUCGAAGACGGUGAGAGCCUGUUUAACUUUGGCCGUAUAGCGGAGCCCAUGAUUGUGGGCCACAAGUGGUCUCCUCUCGUUGAAAGCAGGAAAGAUUGCUACUUGGGUGUUUUGCUUAAUACAGGCGAAGUACUUGUUUUGGCUAGAGAUACGCUAGAUGCCAGUAAAUACGAGGUGAAAUUCCGGAGCUUCACGAGCAUUCUUGAUCAAAUGAAAAUCUCUCAAGAGAGAUUGACGCUGGAAGGAGACAUCAUCAUCCCUAAUCUGCUAUACUUGAAACUCAAAAUCAACAGCUUCGAUUUCGGCCAGACAUCUGACGGACGGCUUUUUCUCUGUCUUUCCCACGAAUCCAAUGAAAUUUCCAUCCACGAACUAAGCGAAGGUCUCCCGACGCUUGAGACGUUUGACUGCGGUGGUCUUUGCACCAAGCAGGUAUGGUCGCAGGCAUCGCAACAGCUUUUCUAUUUGCUAAACGAUAACUCUAUUCAUAUGGUUCCUCUUGAUGUGAAUGGGAGACUCAAAGCCCCACCCCAGGAAUUGAAACUGGCCUCGAGGUUUUUGGUUUCGCAGAUGCAAUUUAUUGAUAAGGUUCAAAGCUUGUUGGUGGCAGACACUCAACGUGCUGUUCUAGUGGAUGAAAACGGACUCCAUUCUGCAGUAGAUCUCCCAUACAGAAGCGUGAUUUCCGGUAUGCCCAUAAUUGAAACACUUGAAGCAACGUUGGUCCAUGUUGCAUAUGAAUCGGGCAAGUCUUGUAUGAUUGAAGUAAGCUCAGACAGAAAACUCACAUUGAAACCUGCUUCUAGUACGUGGACGUCUUUCCUAAACAAUGUCCUAUACAAGUAUCAGCUAAAGGUCUUGAAGGAGCAAAACAAAGCUCCCUCCAAAGUCUUCCAACCAUAUUGGACUGAUAACUUAGAGGCAAACUUUUAUAAUUAUGGCACCCAAACCAUGGCAUCGAGCGGAGUGCUUGUUAGCGUAUACAGCUUAGCUCCAAAGAAUGUCAUCCACCAUGAAAUCAAGUCGAAAAUGGAAUUUUCCGUGAGUUUUCUUCCCUUGAAAGAUCUUAGCUCAUCGUGGAACCACCCAGAAUUGAACGUCACAUCCUUAAGCUUUCUACACGGCAUGUUUAUGCAAGAUAUCAAUGGUCUUCCUCAAAUUACACAAGCUGUAAUUGACGGUUCGGGAUCUGCGGAAAAGGACGUGAUAGACUACAUUAAGGAUUGGAAGCGAAAACAUUUGGGAAACCCAAGAGACAUCUCUUUGAACACUAAUGAACACGAGUCUUUCCACAAAGCAUUGGCCACGGAUUUUCGAAAUAAUAUGGAUGUUAAGACUUUACAAAGGGUUUAUUCGUUGAACACGUCAUUAAUGAGAACAUUCAACUCAAUUCUCAAAAAGAGAGCGUCCAAGUUAUUUUCCGAAUAUAUUGUAGAGUUAGCAGACGAACAGGACGUCAUUGGCCAGAAACUCAGACAGCAGCUUGCUAGAAUAAUUCUCGAUUAUGCAAAAGAACCUAUUUACAGAGAGCAUGAUAUGGAUAUUUUCAUCUCCUCAACAUUUGCAAUGGUCCUUGGCAUCGAAUACCUCCCUGAUGUCAAUCCUACGAUAAAAUUAUCAUCUGAAUUAUGCACCGAAUCAUUUAAUCUUGAAACAACCAAACCUUUACCUGACGAUUUUCUUAAGUUUGCAAAAUCAACUACUGGGCACAAGUGGCCAAGGUGUGAAUUAUCAUUCCUUCCAAUUUUAACAUUAUUAAACAAGUCGGACGAGUUAGAACUACAAAGAUAUUCCUCUUAUGAUGGUUCUCAAUCAAUCAUAUUGAGAGAUAUGUACAAGGUUCUCGAUUACUGCAUUUACACGGGGAAUCGGACAUUUUCCACCAAAAUCGGAGUCUAG